CACCUUUCAUAUAUAGUGGCAGAUUGAGUUAUCCCUCUUUAUUUUGAAUAAUCACAUUUUACCCAUGUAUGUAUAGCACCUUAUAAUUUAUUUUCAGUUAUGUUUCGCCUUUAUGAUGCUGAUGGUAAUGGACUACUAGACUCAUCAGAGCUUGAUUGUAUAGUCAAUCAGAUGAUGUCUGUCGCAGAAUACCUCGGCUGGGAUGUUUCAGAGCUCAAACCAAUAUUACAAGAUAUGAUGAUAGAAAUAGACUAUGACUCGGAUGGUACUGUUACAUUAGAAGAAUGGAAAAGAGGGGGAAUGACUACCAUACCAUUACUUGUGCUUCUUGGUUUAGAUACAAAUGUUAAAGAUGAUGGAACCCAUGUGUGGAGAUUGAAGCAUUUCAACAAACCAGCUUACUGUAACUUAUGUCUUAAUCUGCUAGUUGGCCUUGGCAAGCAAGGUUUGUGCUGUACAUUUUGUAAAUACACCGUUCAUGAGCGUUGUGUACAUCGUGCUCCUGCAUCCUGCAUCACAACCUAUGUGAAAUCCAAAAAGACUUCACAGGUGAUGAAUCAUCAUUGGGUAGAAGGCAAUUGUUCUGGAAAAUGUGACAAGUGUCAUAAAUCUAUAAAAUCUUACAAUGGGGUCACAGGGCUACAUUGUAGAUGGUGCCACGUCACACUGCACAAUAAAUGUGCAUCACAAGUGAAGCCAGAGUGUGAUUUAGGAGAUUAUCGGGAACAUAUACUGCCACCAACUGCAAUAUGUCCAGCAGUUUUAGACAGAAAGACUGGGGAGAAGAAGGUGUUAACUCGGACAGAUUCUGCAGUUUUUGAUGGCUCUGCUGGUCAGAGUUCAUUUCAGAUAAGUCCAGUUGAAAAUGCUCAGCCAUUGUUAGUGUUUGUGAAUCCAAAAAGUGGUGGUAAACAGGGUAGCAAAAUAAUGCGUAAAUUCCAAUAUCUACUAAAUCCAAGACAAGUAUAUGAUUUGAUGAAGGGUGGACCACAAGUUGGGUUGCAGUUCUUCAAAGACGUUAAAUAUUUUAGAAUCCUUGUAUGUGGUGGUGAUGGCACUGUAGGUUGGUUGCUAGAGGCCAUGGAUAAACUGAACUUUGAACCUCAACCUCCUGUUGCUGUGUUACCCCUUGGGACUGGAAAUGACCUUGCCAGAUGUUUACAUUGGGGUCGAGGUUAUGAGGGUGAAAGUUUACAUAAAGUGUUAGAUCGAAUCUUGCGGGCAGAAACUAUAUUGAUGGAUAGAUGGCAGAUAGAGUUCAGUAAGCCGGAAGAUUGCGAGGAGGAACAAGGCGAUCCAGUACCUUAUAAUAUAAUCAAUAAUUAUUUCUCUAUUGGUGUAGAUGCCUCAAUAUGUCAUAGAUUCCAUCUCAUGAGAGAAAAACAUCCGGAAAAAUUCAAUAGCAGAAUGAAAAAUAAGUUGUGGUAUUUUGAAUUUGGAACAUCCGAGACAUUAGCAGCCACUUGUAAGAAUUUACAUGAAGAUAUAGACAUUAUGUGUGAUGGCUAUUCAUUAGAUUUAGCAAAUGGUCCGUCACUGGAGGGUAUAGCAUUAUUAAACAUACCUAGCAUAUAUGGUGGAACUAACCUCUGGGGAGAUAAUCCUAGCCAAAAGAAGAGAAGAAAAGCUCAGAAACAAAUGAAGAAAGACAAAGAUAAAGAGUUAUCUACAAGUAGCAUGUCCUCUAUAGAACUUGGCAUUGCAGUUCAAGAUGUUGGUGAUAAACAGAUUGAAGUUGUUGGAUUAGAGAACUCUAUGCAUGCAGCCCAGGUGUAUGCUGGACUUCGAGCUUCGGGAAAACGUCUUGCUCAGUGCUCUUCUGUUGUCAUCAGGACUCGGAAGCGAUUUCCAAUGCAGAUUGAUGGUGAACCAUGGAUGCAGCCACCCUGCACUAUCUCUGUGACUCAUCAUAAUCAAGUCCCUAUGAUGAUUGGCCCUCCUUCCAGAAAGAAAUCCUCUAUAUUUAAACUUUUCAAGAUUUAAUGACUGUAUCUCCUUGACCUGCAGUUGCUCAUCUGUUCUCAUUACAGACUACAAACAUACUCACAUCUAUAAAUACCAGCCAAUCAACUUCAGGGAAAACUUUCACUUCAUGUCACAUGAUUUCUCGUGACCAAUCAGUAUGCUUUAUGAAACUUUGGUGUUUUUUUUUUUCUUUUCUUUUUUUUUUCUUUUUAGAUCUUGUGUACUUUUUUAUAUUGAUGUACAUUUUCUAUCAUAAAAUGCUUUUAACAUUAAUAAACAUUUAGUAUAAAUGUUAGUACAGUACUAUGUAUAUGUAGAUAAUUGUGUAUGUGUACAAAUAAUGUAUAUGUCAAUGACAUGAAUUAGAUUAGUAGCUUGGCCAUAAGCUAUGUAAUCAAGUUGAUGUUUGUUACUAUGUAAAAUGCAAUAUACUGAAAUAUUUUUUUUUGUCAUUUGUUAUUUAUUUGUUAAUGACAUACAAUUUUAGAUAAUAUUGAGUUGUUUUUAUACAUAUUUGUUAAUGAUUUUUAAAGUUGUGAAUUGUUAUAUUGUAUGUUUCUGGAGAAUGAAUUUAUAUCUAUUAUCUACAUUAGAAAGCAAAUGUUCAAAAUAUAAAUGUGUUGUUAAUUAUAGUUGUUUACAAAAAUACAGAUAUCUGUAUCAGUUUACCAAAAAAAAAAGAAAUUGAUCCAAUAAAUAAAAAGAAGGUAAAGUAGGAAAAAAAGAGGAGUUUUCAGUAAAUCAGAUUAGAUGUUGAUGAGAUCUUCAGUCCUAUUACUGGUUUACAUUUUCAUAGUUUUGUUAAUUUAGACCCUUAGUUAAUUGCGAGAAAUGAAAAUAAAAAAGAUUAAAAGAAGAUUUUGCAAAAUGUUUUUACUGAAUAGCAUCUUAAAGGUUUAUUUGACAAGUUAAAGAUUUAAAGAAAAAAAUGCUGAUAAACUGGUAUUCAAAAUAUUGGUUAGAUUUUACACAGAAAUUCCAAGUACAUUUUAUUUGCUAGGGACCUAAGGUAUCCAACUUGAAAUUACAAUGAUCUUGUUUGAAUGUCUGUUCCUGGUUUGAUCAUUGCUAUCACAGAGUAAAAUUUGACCAAUCAUGAAGCUGCAUUAUUAAACUGAUUCCCAUUCUCAGUUUUAGAACUUAGCUGUAAUCAGAAA